UCGUCUCAACCCCCGAUCCAGUCUCAUCCCCGAUCCACUCGUCUCCUCUCACCACGGUGUCCGCCGCUUGCCACAUCGUGGACUGCCGGUUCCUCCCUGCCAAGAGCCCCGCCCCGCCCACCACAGUCCUUCGUAGCCGGAUGUGCCCUGCGCGGGCCCUUCGCUGCCGGAUGUGCGUCGCCAAGAGCUCCGCCCCGCACCAGCCCUUCCUUGCCGGAUCCCCGUCCAGCACGGCCAGCCCUCCGUCGCCGGAUCUGCGCCGUCAAGAGCCCCUCUGCACGGGCACCGCAGCCGGAUCCCGGCCCCGCGGCAGUCCUCCCUCGCCUGUUGUGGCCCCGCCUGGAAUGUGUGAUGUGAUCAGUAUCCACUCAUCUAAUCAACUGGAAGGAAUAUUCACAGCCGGGUCAAAACUGUCGAAGCUUUGUGAUUCUGUAUUUUACUGCGACAUGUUAUGGCUUCCAUUUGAUGAUCACUCCGAUGCUGAGGCUCUAACUAUUGAGCGCACAAAUGCAUUCCAUGUUUCCCUUUGUAGGAGCAAUCCUUUUACAUGCCCUAUUGGUUGAAAGGAGGGCGGUGGCGUUCGAGCGGACUGUGUCUACUGCACACACAAGGAGGCGGCAGCGGCGAGUGCGGGCGAGUCAGGUCGUGUGGACGUAGGGAACUUGAUGGCCCUCUGAUUUGUAUUCUCCACCUGUGCCAUUUUGUUAAAACAGAAUUAUGUACGAGAUGUGUAAACAAACUUACCGAGAAUGUUAGAUUUUAUUUCUAUUGCUAGGCCCUCACGUCCAACUGUCAGCUCCCAGUUCUUCUUACUCGUAAUAAGCAAAGGGCUAUGUCGUUCAA